GUUGCAUAAUGAUUGAUAAUAAAAAAAUUGAACUAAAACAUAUACAUAAAAUUGAAAUUAAAGAACAUACUCCUAUAAUAAUAAAAAAAAUAUGAGGAAUAUGAAGUGAACUAGUCAAUUUCAGCCCCUGCUUCCACCUUUAUAACAACCACCUCAUUGAUGAAUUCGCGAUCUAUCAUCCAUGGGGCUCGUCAAAUUCCUCAAACGCAAACUCACCAAGUGCCGAUCAAAGGCCGCCGUCUCCGUUGAUAAAUCCCCAAAACACAGUAAUUCCGACGGCGGUGGCCUCCGCUUGUCAUAUGAGGAGAUACAGAAACUGACGAAGGAUUUCGCCACUGUCAUCGGCUACGGCGGCUUCAGCACAGUAUACCUCGCCCAAUUCCGCCACUCUGCCGCCGCCGUCAAGCUCUACUGCAGCAGCGGCAGCAGCCAGCGCGUGUACGACGCCUUCAACCAGGAGCUCCAAAUCCUGCUCCACAUCUGCCACCCAAACAUCGUGAAGCUCCUCGGCUACACAGAAGAUCAAGGCGCCCUGAUAAUGGAGUUCGUCCCCAACGGCACCCUGCACCACAAGCUCCAUCACGCCCCCCACGCUCCUCCACUCCCGUGGAAUCAACGCGCCGCUGUCGCCUUCCAGCUCGCCUCCGCCAUCGCCUACCUCCACGACACCUGCGCCCCUCACAUCGUCCACGCCGACGUUAAACCUUCGAACGUCCUUCUCGACGGCGAUCUCAAUUGCAAGCUCUGCGAUUUCGGAUCGGCGAGGGUCGGAUUCUCCUCCGCCGUGGCCGCGUCGGGGAAGCGGAGAUCGGCGGCGACGAUGAUCACGGGAUCGCCGGGGUACACCGAUCCGCUGUAUCUCAGAACGGGAUUGGUUUCGAAGAAGAACGAUGUGUACAGCUUCGGAGUUGUUGUUUUGGAAUUGAUUACUGGAAUUGAGGCGUUCAGCCCCGCCACCGGAGAGAGGCUAGCGGCGAGGGCGCCGGCGCUGCUGAUGGACGCGGCGGAGAUGGUGGACCCGCGGCUGGUGCGAGGAGAGGUUGAUUUGGGAGAAGUUAGAGCGAUGGCGGAGCUUGCGGCGAAGUGCAUUUCUGAGACGCCUGGAAUUAGGCCUUCUGCUUCUGAGAUUUUGACGAUGAUGAGGGAAGCCAUUCCGUCUUUGGCAUUCAUGUUUGAGAAGAAAGUUGCAGAGAUACGUACAUAAUAUUUCUUUAAUAUUUCUUUGGCAUUAGGAUACCAUUUUUCCAUCGUUGAAAUUUAUUUAUUGUUUUUAAUUUUGAACAGAUGUUUAUUUGAAUCGAAAAAAAGAUACUACUCCU